AUGUCUGCAACACAGCUGCUGAAUCCCAAGGCCGAGUCCCGGCGGCGAGGAGAGGCCCUGAAGGUCAACAUCGCUGCCGGAGAGGGUCUUCAGGAUGUCCUCAAGUCGAACCUGGGCCCCUCGGGUACCCUGAAGAUGCUGGUCGACGGCUCAGGCGGAAUCAAAUUGACCAAGGACGGAAAUGUUUUGUUGCGUGAAAUGCAAAUCCAAAACCCCACGGCUGUUAUGAUUGCGCGUGCUGCGACGGCACAAGACGAUAUCACUGGUGAUGGCACAACGUCCGUUGUUCUCCUGGUGGGAGAGCUUCUGAAGCAAGCGGAUCGUCAUAUCUCAGAGGGUCUCCACCCUCGAGUGAUCACUGAUGGUUAUGAGAUUGCCAAGGAUGAGACUCUGAAGUUUCUUGACAACUUCAAACUCGAGCGUCCUAUUGACCGCGAGCUGCUUCUUUCCGUCGCUCGCACCUCCCUCUCCACCAAGCUGAACCAUGCUCUCGCUGGACAGCUCACCCCUGACAUUGUCGACGCCGUGCUUGCCAUCCACCGAGCCCCCGAAAAGCCUGAUUUGCACAUGGUUGAGAUCAUGACGAUGCAACACCGCACAUCAUCUGAGACCCGCCUGAUCCGUGGUCUGGCUCUGGAUCACGGUGCUCGUCACCCGGACAUGCCUAAGCGAGUGGAGAACGCUUUUAUUCUGACAUUGAACGUCAGUCUGGAAUAUGAGAAGUCUGAGAUCAACUCCGGUUUCUACUACUCGAGCGCCGAACAGAGAGACAAGCUGGUGGAAAGUGAGCGCAAGUUCGUUGAUGCUAAGCUGGCGAAGAUUGUGGAGCUCAAGAAGCAGGUCUGCGGCAAUGAUCCCAAGAAGGGUUUUGUUGUGAUCAACCAGAAGGGUAUUGAUCCCCUGAGCUUGGACGUUCUCGUCAAGAACGGCAUUAUGGCUCUCCGAAGAGCCAAGCGCAGAAACAUGGAGCGUCUGCAGCUGGUGUGUGGCGGUACCGCCCAGAACAGUGUCGACGACAUGACCCCUGAUGUCCUCGGCUGGGCUGGUCUCGUUUAUGAGCACCAGCUUGGUGAAGAAAAAUUUACUUUCGUUGAGGAGGUCAAGGACCCCAAGUCUGUGACUAUUCUUAUCAAGGGUCCCAACCAGCAUACUAUUGCCCAGGUCAAGGACGCCGUCCGUGAUGGUCUUCGCUCUGUCUACAACUCGAUUGUUGAUGGCUGCGUCAUUCCUGGUGCUGGUGCUUUCCAAGUUGCUUGCGCCGAUCACCUGAAAACGGAGGUCCUCCGAAACACUAAAGGCAAGGCUAAGUGGGGUGUCGAGGCAUUCGCUGAUGCGCUUUUGGUCAUUCCUAAGACUCUGGCUUCCAAUGCUGGUCACGAUAUCCAAGACUCUCUGGCCGCUUUGCAAUUUGAGCGCAAGGAUGGUAACGUCGUCGGUUUGGAUCUCAACACAGGUGAACCGAUGGACCCCGUGCAAGAGGGUGUCUUCGACUCGUACCGUGUCCUCCGCAACUGUGUCGCCUCGAGCACUGGCAUUGCAUCCAACCUCCUUCUGUGUGAUGAACUACUGAAGGCCCGACAGAUGGGCAAGCCUAGCGGCCCUGGUGGCAUGGAGGAGUAA